AGGAAGUGUGUCAUUUAGUGACUACCAAGAUUUAGUUUUGAUUGGUUGAGAGAGUUGCGUGGCUUCAGACUUAGACUGGAUUGGUUUGUGAUUAGGAAUGCGGUUGCAGGAUUGGUGAAUGAACUUUCCGAUAGUAGGAAGUGUGGCCUACCCGAGUUCCUGGUUGCGCAGAGACCGGAAGAGUGGCUGUUAUUUACAUAUUUGGCACUUAGUCUAGAGAUACUGGCUCCCGAGAGAUUUGACGCAGUGACUGGUCUGAGUGAAAUUAUAGUCUCAGGCUAGGGCCAUGGCCGACUCGAAGCUGCUGGUGCCGGAGCUGAACGAUGCAGAGACGAUGGGCGCUGAGACGUCGCGUUUCGAGGAGCUGCUGCUUCAGGCCUCCAAGGAGCUCCAGCAAGCCCAGACAAGCAGACCAGAAUCCACACAGAUACAGCCUCAACCUGGUUUCUGCAUCAAGACCAACUCAGCUGAAGGGAAGGUUUUCAUCAACAUCUGUCACUCUCCCUCCAUCCCUCCGCCGGCUGACUUGACUGAGGAUGAGCUGCUUCAAAUGCUGGAGGAAGACCAGGCUGGGUUUCGCAUUCCCAUGAGUUUGGGAGAGCCACAUGCGGAAGUGGAUGCAAGUCAGUGCCUUGAGAAGACCCAGGAAUCUACCCCCCACCCCCACCCCCAUGGUCCUUUCUUCCCUAGGACCAAAGAUUCCAGUGCCCUGGACCACCCUCCCUCAGAACCUAGAAACUCGUUCUCCUGCACCCCCAACCCCCUAUCUGAUUCUUUUCCCCAAGGCAUAUCUUUAACCUCCUGGGUAUCCACAACCUCACUGGGCAGUCCUGGUUCUACUCACCUGGUCAGGCUGGCACUUCUCCCUGCCUCACCCCAGGAGAGAGUGGGGCUGGGCAGGUGCUCAUUAGCUAAUCUGACUCUAGUCCUUGGCCAGCUCUCAUUCACCCCUGUUUUCUCCUGCACCCUUUUCCCCUGUCUCUAUGUCACUGCCUUGUCUAAUCUCUUUUCUGUUGAGUUUCUGUCUCUAUAUCCUUGUUUUUUCAAUUCACAUAUGUCCCUUAAGCCUCUUGGGAUGAUGCCUUGGCCAGUGCCUUGGGGAGUAGGCACUUAUCAAAACCCAGAAUCUGCCCUUGAGAAACUCUCAGUCUUGGAUGAGGGCAGAGGAAGCAGAUGCAAUUUCAAUAUGGUGUGAUUCUGUGCUGGGUUGGAGGGGGUUCUUCACUCCCACUAAAGGAUUAGGGAAGGCUUCCUGGAGGAGGGCACAUUGGAUAUAAGAUUGGAAGGAAUCAGAGCAGCUCAUCAGGCCAAGAUAGAGAAGAGGGUUCUAGGCAGAGAGGAGAGAGGGGUCCAGAGGCUGGAGAAAUGAUUCAGUUGGUCAGUGAUCAGUAGUGAUGGGAGAUUUACAGGGAUGAAGUGCCAGAGAACUGAAAUUCUCUGCAGCUGGAAGGGGGUUAACCACGCAGGGCCUCCAGCGUCAGGCUGAAGAACUCAGCCUUCCCCCAGUGGCGCUGGGGAGCCCUGGGAGGACUGUGAACUGGGGAGGGUCAGGGUGAGCUCUGGGACUUGGUGGGCAAGGGCCAGAGGGGAAAAGACUAGAGACGAGGUCGUGGGUAUGAGUCCAGACUGGCAAGCUCAGUAUCUUUGACUUCCUAAUUGUCUCUGGGUCUGUCUGGGUCUGUGGCUGCUGUCCUUGAUUGUGUUUUCCUUGACUGUGUCUGGGCCAGGGGGUUCCCACCGAGGGCUGGGGGGUCUCACCCCCUUUCUCUCCCCGCAGAAGGCCAGGGUUGUACCGCCUACGACGUAGCUGUCAACAGCGACUUCUUCCGGAGG